AUGGAGCCGGACGAGCUCCUGCUCGAACCGCAAGUAGCUGUCGUCCAUGACCAUCACUCGAAGCCUGUUGACGAGCACGAUGUAACAAGUGUGUCUAAUGUUGAACUGCCAUCAAUGGACGAUCCUCUGUCCAUCUCUUCUUCAUCCUCUUCAUCUCUUAAUCGUCGUCGUGGUCGUGGACGUGGCCUUCGUCUUGGGGGGGACAAAGUCGAUUCGACAAUGGUCCUUCCAAGUUUUAUUUGGGACUAUUUUGUCAAAGAUUCAAGUGGAAAAUACGUCAUUUGUACAUUAUGUCCCGCCCAAACGACACGGUUUGCGUAUUCCGGUGGCACGAGUACCAUGAACCGUCAUUUACGUAAAAAACACCAGAAAUACGCCCCCGGCAAAGGACCGUCGGAUUACGAAUCAUCCCGUCGUGCCCAUCCCCCUCGACAGUCGAUCACGUCAUCGAUUGUUAAUCCUAUUACAACCCCCCUCCCCCCCUGGUCUCUUGCUCGCAUCGGAGACUGGAAAUGUAUUGGGGACAUUAUCACCAGAGGAAGAGAAACACCAACGUCAUUCUCAUCAUCAUCAUCAUCAUCAUCAACAGUAACGGAUCAAGCAACACCAUUUGGGACGGACUUUGAUCCGUCUGGAUUUGUGACGUUAUCGGGAACGUCUACAACGGCCACGUCCAGUGCGUUGCAAUUUCCAGUGAAUUUUGAAUUGAAUGACGCAGGAAUGGACUCGAUGGUGGGCGUUGGACUGGAUCAGCGGUUCUUUGACUAUUCGACACUUUCAGGAACAUCUACAAUGGGACGGACGCGUCGACAGAGUGCUGCUGCCAUUAAUGGAACAAGUGGUUGUACGGGAAACAAUGGGAACGUGAGCGCAACGAAUGUGGUAAGUCAGAAAAUUUUGACCCAUCGACUACUCAAGUAUCUUAUUGCACAGUAUGAGCCGCUGGAUAUGUCGCACAUGGGCGCAGAGUUGGGGAUGCUGUUGUUUGGAGGAGCGACGGAGUGGCCUACGCCUGGACUUACCUUUGGGUAUGGAGGAGCAAGCAUGGGUGGAGCAGCUCCAAAACUUCCAUCUGAAGACGCGAUUAAAUUAGCGUUGGCGAACUUGUACUACUCACAGCGAGAGAUCUUGAAAGAAGUUAUGGUAGACGUUGAAGUGCUGAGUUUAUCACUAAACAAUUGGACAUCGGCGUAUGGGCAAAAUGUACUUACUGUUAGUGGUCAUUGGAUCUCUCGCGGAUUUCGACGCCGUGACUGUGUGCUGGAAGUCUACGUUUUACCUCUGGAUGAACGUGUCAACACCAUCGCGUUGCUUCGAGAUGUCAUGGAUAAGUGGGAUAUUCCGUCAUCGAAAGUGGCAGCGCUUACUAUGCGUCUCCACAAGCCUACCACGGAUACUACCCAAAAAGACGAUACGGAUACACCACGGACAGUUGCAGAAGUUCAGGCAGAAGCAAAGGCUGAAGCAAGUGCAAUUCAUAGUGAAUAUCCGGGCUUGGCAGUCGUAAGGUGCUUUGUGGAGGAGCUCGAAGGAGCUGUCUCGAGCGGGUUACAGAAGUGCGCUGAUCUCACUCGUAGAUGCCGCAACUACGUGUCGUACUUUAUUCAAAACCCAUCUGAAUACCAGAUAUUUCUUGCUCUUCAACGCAGUAUGGGCGAGGAGGCAUCUGCGGCUACCGCUGCAUCCACUCAAGCAGCGUCUAUUGCUGCGACAGCGGAUGGGGUCAGCGUAAGCGUCGCUGGGAGCGGCAACACCACGAUGGAGGACGAGUUGAACGAUGUCAGGAUAGGUCCACCUGCGGAUGCAGCUAGGGGUGCUGGAGCGUCCUCCACUCAACAUGCUAGCGCAAUGCCACAGACGUCUGCUUCAAGUGGCAAUACCGGUGAGGUAUUACCAGUAAUCUGCGACUUUGACGAACGCUGGAAUUCGACAACCGAAAUGAUGUGUAGAAUUGUUCAACUAGAACCUAUGCUGCUACGUUACAAAACGGGACUAGACAGUGAUACAAACCCAGCUCGGAGACCGAUGCAGCUUCGAUUUAUGUGCUGCGAGUUGUCAUCUGAGGAGUGGGCAGCACUCAAGCAAUUGGCUCGACUGCUUGACCCCAUCGAAGGCUUGGUGCACGUUUCGCCACUCGAAUACCCCGGUCUAUCGAUUGUAUAUCCGCUUUUGCAUUCAUUGAAGAAACAUUUGGCGGAUGCUGGUACAUGGGUGACUGAUCCGCUUGUGGCGGUGGUACGCCAUACUAUCGUCAGCAACCUUAAUAUGGAACUUUGCUCUCCUGGCCAGGCUCCGUCAUCUCCGUACCUGUCGUGUCUACUAGAUCCGCGUUUCAAGACGUUGCCGUUUUUAUCGACAUCCGAGAAGGAUCGACUAGUAGAAUCAUUACAUAUUCUUCUCGGAGUACAUGAUAAGAAUGACAUCAUUGACAACGACCAGCACCAGCAUGUCAUGGUGACGGAGGAAGAUCAAGCAGACGAGCUGAAGAAACAGAGUCGGAGUGCUAAAGCAUUAAGUGGAUUCGUUGCGGGUGCUGCUCCCGCAAACAAGAAGGCAGCCGCUCUUCUACACGAGUUUUUUCCGCUGGACGAGCCUGCGAACGAAAUCGACAAACUUAAAGCCCAAGUGCAGCAAUACCUGGACUCGCCUUCAUUGCCAGCUACAGAUAAUACUGAACACGAUCCUCUCGAGUGGUGGAGUCGCUAUCAGCGAUUGUUCCCAUCACUAGCGCGACUUGCAAAAAAGUAUUUAUGCAUGAGUGCUGUUUCGACUCCGUUCAAAGAAGCCUUUACAAACUAUGGGCAGUUAAUGCGUGAGAAGAGAGCUCGGCUGGAUAUCGAAGUGGCAGCUCAGGUGCUUUUUUGCCGUAGUGUUUCUCGGAUCCCAGAGAUGGAACGUAUUGGAGUGUAA